AUGUCAUUCCCUCCUCCCCCCGUCGACACCAUCGACUGGUCCAACGUCGGCUUCAAAGUCCGCGACGUAAACGGCCAUGUGGAAUGCCACUUCUCCCACAGCACAGGCGGCAAAUGGUCCGCCCCCAAAUUCGUCUCCUCCCCCUUCCUCCCCCUCCACGGCAUGGCCCCCGGCCUCAACUACGGCCAACAAGCCUACGAAGGCCUCAAAGCCUUCCGCCACCCCAACGGCCAAAUCUCCAUCUUCCGCCCGGACCGCAACGCCGCCCGCCUCCGCCGCUCCGCAGAGUUCGUCUCCAUGCCCCCUGUCCCGGAGGAUUUAUUCGCGCAAUGCGUCAAGCUAGCCGUCGCCGCCAACGCCGAGUUCGUCCCGCCCCAUGAAACCGGCGCAGCGAUGUACAUCCGCCCUUUACUCUUCGGCUCGUCGGCACAGCUGGGCCUCUCCCCGCCAGACGCAUACACCUUUGUUGUCUUCGUGAUGCCGACGGGCGUGUACCACGGCGUGCACGCGGUCGACGCCCUGAUACUGGAGGACUUUGACCGCGCCGCGCCGGAGGGGACCGGGUCCGCGAAGGUCGGGGGCAACUAUGCGCCUGUGCUGCGGCAUAGUGCGCGCGCGGCGGCGGAGGGGUUCGGGAUCACGCUGCACCUGGAUAGUCGGACGCGGUCGGAGAUUGACGAGUUCUCGACGUCGGCGUUUAUCGGGGUGCGGAGGGACGGCGACAAGGUGACGCUUGUGCAGCCGGAUAGUAAGAAUGUGAUUGAUUCGGUGACGGCGCGGUCGGUGUGUGAGAUUGGGGAGCGGGUGUUUGGGUUUGCGGUCGAGAAGAGACGUAUUGGGUAUGAGGAGAUUGAAGAGUUCAGGGAGGUGAUUGCCGCGGGCACGGCGGCUGCGCUGGUGCCUAUCCGGAGUAUCACUAUGCGGUCGCGCGAGGAUAAGUUUACGUUUGACUGCGGCGAGGAUGGGCAGAGCGGUGGCGAGGUCUGUGUGAAGCUGUUGCAGACCCUCAAGGGCAUCCAGGCCGGUAAGAUCGAGGAUAAGUUUGGGUGGAACUGUAUCAUUGACCAGGCUCCCCCGGCGGCAUGGCUCGGGGGUGCAACGGGGCAUGAGCAGGUUGCCGAGGGGAUUAAUGUACCAUAG